UUAUAGAUUGGGCAUGCAACCGAGCUCCGUCUAAAAGCAACAUGGCAGCCAAGCCAGUCCUGUACACAUAUUGGAGGAGUAGUUGUGCUUGGAGAGUCAGAAUAGCUUUGGCCUUGAAAGGCAUUGACUAUGAGAGUAAUAUUGUGCAUCUGGUCAAGGAUGGAGGCCAACAGCAUACAGAGGGUUACAAGAAGUUGAAUCCUAUGGAACAGCUCCCCUGUCUACUUAUUGACGGACAAACUCUCUUCCAGUCAUUACCUAUCAUUGAAUACCUGAAUGAGACCAGACCCGAUGUGAAACUGCUACCUGAUGACCCUGUCUUGAGACACAAGGCAAGAGCGCUUGCGGAAAUAGUGAAUUGUGGGAUACAGCCACUGCAGAAUCUUGAAGUGCUGCAGGCAAUCGGCGAUGACAAGAAGAUGGAAUGGUCAAAAAGGUGGAUUGAGAAAGGCUUUGACGCUUUCGAGCAGGUUGUCACGGAAACAGCAGGAAAGUACAGUGUGGGGGACCAGGUCACUCUACCUGACCUGUGUUUGGUACCACAGGUGUAUAACGCUAACAGGUUCAAGGCUGAUAUGAGUCGUUAUCCAACCAUCUCAAGGAUUCAUGCAGAACUGAUGCAGCUGCCUGCCUUCAAGGUUGCUGAUGCUCACAACCAGCCUGACACACCGGAGGCAGAGAGGAAACAAUGAGGUCGAUCUGACAUUGUACUAUAUAGCAGCCUGUGAACAGCAUCAUGGAGUCAAAUCUCUGAAAGCCUUUUGACCUUUUUAGAUAUAAGAAAGUGUGUCUAAAUACUCUUCCUUGUUUUUCAGUUGCAAAAUUUCGGAAAAUGGUGUUCAUUAUGGUAUAAUGAAUAUCAUAUUCAUUACAUAUUCCCUUGUUCUCAUAUUCAACAGAAAAGUGCUUCAGUGCCUGGUGCUCAUGUGGCUGGUUUUCAUACAGACCUGUAAAGGAUUGGGAAUUUCAGAUCUUUUCACAGUGAUGUAAUGUUUUGCCUUUUUGAGUACACAUUGCAAAAUAGUGCUUGGGUAGUAACUAGUGUUGGGAAUUGGAUAAAAUCUCAUAAUAGAUGAUUGGUUCAUUACAACCGAUCAAUCAUC